GUUAUUUUUGCCUUAUCAUGCGAAAGAAAGAAGACUAGGGGGAGAUGGGGGAUUUGGAGAGAAGAGGAGCCACCGAACAAGCCCAGCCAGUCGGACUCUGAUCUUGAAUAUAUAAAUAUAUGUGUACUAGUAGUGUGUAGUGUCAUCUCUUCUCUCUCUCUUUCUAUUUAUCUAUCUAUCUAAAUAUAUAUAUAUAUAUAUAUACGUAACGCCCCCUGGUGGAUUCGUUUGAAGAGAGAGAGAGAGAGAGAGAAUGAGUUAUGCUGCGGUUGUGGGACUUCCCUCUCUUGUCAAUCCGAUGAACUAUUCAGACAAUAAUAAUAAUUCAAGGGGGGAGGAUCCUAAGCAGUUAAUAAUAAUAGGGGGGAAGCAGCAGCAGCAGCAGCAGCAGCAGCUCACUGUACCUGUACCUGUACCACCAGCUUAUAAGUGGCGCAUGCUUAUAUCCUAUGACGGUUCUCGAUUUUCAGGUUGGCAGUAUCAGCGGUCUCCACCAACCAUACAAUGCAUUGUGGAGAAAGCUUUAACCCAAAUAACAAAACAAGGACGGAGGGAUCUCCAUUUAGUUGGUGCAAGUAGGACGGAUACUGGAGUCCAUGCUUGGGGUCAGGUGGCACACUUUGUUACGCCUUUCAACUAUGACAGAUUGGAAAGCAUUCAUGCAGCCCUAAAUGGUCUUCUUCCUUCAGAUGUCAGAAUUAGAGAAAUUAGUGCUGCAGUGCCUGAAUUUCAUGCUCGCUUUUCAGCAAAGAGCAAGGUUUAUCACUACAAGAUAUAUAACAAUACCAUCAUGGAUCCAUUUCAGCGUCAGUAUGCUUACCAUAGUGUUUAUAAACUCAAUACCAAUGUCAUGAGGGAAGCUGCAAAGCAUUUCCUUGGGAAGCAUGACUUCUCCGCUUUUGUAAAUGCAUCACGCAAUGAUCAAUCACCAAAUCCGGUGAAGAAUAUUUUCCGCUGUGACGUAACUGAGAUGGGACCUCUUUUGCAGCUUGAAGUUGAGGGCUCUGGUUUCUUAUAUAGACAAGUGCGAAACAUGGUUGCUUUAUUGCUGCAAAUAGGGAGGGAAGCAAUUCCACCAGAUAUUGUCCCCAGGAUUUUGGCAACUCGAGAUCGCAAGGAGCUUGCAAAGUAUGCUUUAUCUGCUCCACCUCAUGGUCUGUGUCUUGUAAGUGUCAAUUAUAAUGAAGAACAUCUGCAGCUUCCAACAGCUUGCCCUGCAACUAGUUUCGGUAGGCAUCAUAGCAUAAGGAAAUGCAAGCUUCCAUUUUUUUAAAGGAAAUUCAUUUGUAAAACUGAAAACUCAGAAGGAAAAAAAUCAAAAUGCAAGAAUUGUGUUUAAAAUUCUCCGAGAACUUGCCCUUUUAGCAAGCCAGGUGGCAUCGUGUGUCAUACGUGAUAUGCAAUAAAGGGAUUUAUUUCUCUUAA